GAGACCGGCGGAGGUUUCUAUAUCUGUAGAAAACUGUAAAAACGUAUUUUCAAUAAGUGAAACAUGUUGGACAACAGUGAUACCGAGGGUAAUGAUCCCGAACCCACGCCGGGCACGAGUGGUUUGCAGAAUUUUAGUAAACUCGAAGUGAAAUCCGACGUGGAGGACGACGGUUCGACUUCAGACUCGGAAAUAAAUGCGUACAGUGUGAGAUUCAACCCAAUGAAGGCUUUAUACUCGGAUAAAAUCAUGCUACCAGUGCCCGACGCGCCGGUUUACGAGAAUUUACAGCAAUUCGAAGCGGCACUGUUGAAAAAUCAAGAAAUAUUAGCGGUCGGUAUGGGGCAGCAGGUUCAGGAGCGGGAGAAAAAGAAAUUGGAGCGUAAACAAGCAUACGAGAAAGCCCUGGAAGAGAAGAACAAGCAGCGUUUUGCGAAAUACGAAGUGACCGUCCGACGCGAGAGGAAACAGGGGCGGAACGUGCUGACCCGGGAGGAAACUGUCACGGGCCCUCUCUCCGCCCUCCGGAAUGCCAUGAAAAACAACAUGAGGGUCAAGGUGGUGACUCGAGGUCCGUCGGGGAUCCGCGGCGCCCUCCACGGGGACCUCACGGCCUUCGACAAGCACUGGAACCUUGUGCUCACCAACGUGCUCGAGGUGUACCGCAGGAAGGCUGUCAGGAAACUCAAGUACCCACCCGCGGGCGGACGUCCAGUACCCCAAGGGACAGCGGACAUGAUCUCCCCCCUACCUGAGGAGGUGGUAUCCUCGCAGGGACACAGGAUCUUCGAAUGUUCCCGUCACAUCCCCCAGCUGCUAGUGAGGGGCGAACACGUCGUUCUAAUAAAUGUGGUGGAUCAGUAUCGGACUAAAUAAGCGAUUUGUGGCAGGGAGAUAGGAUCAUCUUGUGUCCCGACAUAUUCCUAGUUGCUAGUGAGCGAACAUUUCGUUCUAAUAAAUGUGGUGGAUCAGUGUCGGACUAAAUAAGCGAUUUGUGGCAGGGAGAUAGGAUCAUCUUGAGUCCCGACAUAUUCCUAGUUGCUAGUGAACGAACAUGUCGUUCUAAUAAAUGUGGUGGAUCAGUAUCGGACAAAAUAAGCUAUGUGUCGCAGGCACAAAGGAUCUUCUUGUGUCCCGACACAGUUGCUAGUGAGCGAAUAUGUCCUUCUAUGUGGCGGGUCAGUAUCGGACAAAAUAAGUGAUGUCGCAGGGAUAAAGGACCUUUUUCUUUCUCGACACAUCCCCCAGUUGCUAGUGAGGGGUGUAAAUAGUAUAGACAGGAGUGUAGAUAAAAAGUAAAAACUACUUCCUAUAACUUCUUAAAUAACUUUGUUCAGCACAUUUUUUUCAGCGUACGCAAUAACGCUUAUAAGCGUUUUUAGCACCAUGAGUACAAAUUAACCCCGCGACGCCUUGGCAUUAAAUAAUUUCCCCUACAAAUUUCAUGGCUCUUUCACCAAACAAUUCAAUAUCUAAGUAUCAGGCCUCAGUUUCACCAAGUUGUCUUUAAUUGUCACACUGACACUGACAAUUUUCUGUAUAUUUUCAGGCCGAUAAGUAAGGACAGUGUGUAGCGUCAAUAUUACUUGGACUAUGAUAUAUGACUAGAGA